AUGGAGGUGCCCUCAACAUGGCUGCUAUUGUGGACUAUCAGCUUAGUCCUGCUAUCGGAACACUUCAGAGAGCCCAUUUCGGUUGUGCGGCAACCGAUCUUGUACGGGAUAUUUGGCGCUUGUCUGAGCGGUAAGGAUCGGCAAGCGCAUUGGGAGGAACUCUUGGAAGAGUUCUACGGAUAUCUCAAGGAAGAAGUGGGUGACAGAAAAAUGCCAUACACACUCGAGCAGCUCAAAGAAGCCUAUCGCCAGUACUUCCCCAUCGGUGCUUUCAUGAUAGUGGCUGUGGUUGGACCAUUUUUCGAGAUGGUGUGUAAAAGUUCCGACGAGGAGACCAAGAAGAAGGUACCAUUACUGUUACUUCAGAAAUUUGGAGGCACGCAGCGCGACUUUUGGCCAGUUAGAACAGCGCUACCACAACUUUAG